AUGGCGUCAGUUUCAGUCAUGGCUACGAGCAGCGACAGCAGGUGGUCUAUGGCUUCAUUGCACUCUGCCUUACCCUCUCCUUCUCCUCCUCCUUCUUCACUAUCCUCUUCAUUGCGCUUCUCUGUCUCUUCAUCUUCUUCAUUUUCUUCAACGAAACUCCGAAUUUCUCGAACCAAACCCAAAUCCCUUCUUACCACUUUCACCGGUCUCGCCCCUCUUAACCCCCUCUUCCUCUCCGCUCCUUCUUCUGCUUCAGAAUACACCGGCUUUGAUCAUUCUUUUACCAUUAUUGAUAAUGGUGGUCGAGUAUGUGCCAUGAGACAUGGGAGGCGGGUGCCCAAACUCAACAGGCCACCUGAUCAGCGCCGUGCACUCAUUCGAGGCCUUACAACUCAGCUCCUCAAAUAUGGUCGCAUCAAGACCACCAGAGCAAGGGCCAGUGCAAUUAGGAAGUAUGUUGAUAAAAUGAUAACUUUGGCAAAGGAUGGUUCUCUUCAUAAAAGGAGACAGGCCCUUGGGUUCAUCUAUGAGAAGCAGAUUGUUCAUGCUUUAUUUGCAGAGGUUCCAGAGCGUUAUGGUGAAAGAAAUGGGGGUUAUACAAGAAUUAUAAGAACCCUACCAAGGCGAGGUGAUAAUGCACCUAUGGCAUACAUUGAACUUGUGUAA